UCUUUAUUGCACUUGUAUCAUAACAUUAAGAAAUUCAACUUCUUUGUCUUUUCCACUCAUUUUUUCAUUGGCACUCAAAAUGAAUAUACUCAUCCACAACAAUAGGAGGGCACUCACUGAAAGCAUUUCUUGAUUUGGAUGGUUCCCCUUUGGUUAUGGAAGCAACUUAACUCUCUUCCCUCUGUUCUUGUUUUCCACAUUGUAGCAGAGAGAAAUUUUCUGUGGUAGACAAAGAUAUUAAAGAUGGGAAUUUUGAGCACUAUAACAACUUCUUUAGGAUUUGGAGUGGGAACUUCAAUUGGGCUAGUGAUUGGCUACUAUAUGUUCAUAUACUUCCAGCCAACUGAUGUUAAGGAUCCAAUAAUUCAACCCUUGGUUGAGGUAGAUCCCAAAGCUCUACAACAGAUGUUUCCAGAGAUACCCUCUUGGGUUAAAAAUCCAGACUAUGACCGUCUUGAUUGGCUUAACAAAUUUAUUGAGUAUAUGUGGCCUUAUCUGGACAAGGCAAUUUGCAAGACUGCAAGGACUAUAGCAAAGCCCAUUAUUGCUGAGCAAAUUCCUAAGUACAAAAUUGACUCAGUUGAAUUUGAAGAACUUAACUUGGGUUGUCUGCCACCAACUUUUCAAGGAAUGAAAGUCUACACUACUGAUGAAAAGGAGUUGAUCAUGGAACCAUCAGUGAAGUGGGCUGGGAAUCCUAAUAUUACUGUUGUAGUUAAAGCAUUUGGGCUUCGAGCCACAGUGCAGGUUGUUGAUCUGCAAGUAUUUGCUUCUCCACGUAUAACUCUGAAGCCUCUGGUUCCAAGUUUCCCAUGUUUUGCCAAUAUUUACGUGUCUCUCAUGGAGAAGCCUCAUGUUGAUUUUGGACUAAAACUUCUUGGAGCUGAUGUAAUGUCUAUUCCUGGUCUUUAUAGGAUUGUCCAGGAAAUCAUCAAAGAUCAAGUUGCAAAAAUGUAUCUAUGGCCAAAGGCAUUAGAGGUUCAAAUAAUGGAUCCAACAAAGGCCAUGAAAUUGCCAGUUGGAAUUCUUCAUGUGAAAGUUGUGGGGGCAGAGAAGCUUAAAAAGAAAGACAUACUAGGGGCAUCAGACCCUUAUGUGAAACUCAAACUCACAGAAGAGAAACUUCCUUCAAAGAAAACAACCGUGAAAUACAAGAAUUUGAAUCCAGAAUGGAAUGAGGAAUUCAGUAUAGUUGUCAAAGAUCCAGAAUCUCAGGUCUUGGAGCUAAUUGUUUAUGACUGGGAGCAGAUUGGGAAGCAUGAAAAGAUGGGUAUGAAUGUGAUUCCAUUGAAAGAGAUUACUCCUGAUGAACCAAAAGUGAUGACUCUAAAUUUACUCAAGACCUUGGACCCUAAUGAUCCUGAGAAUGAAAAGUCACGUGGACAACUCACUGUAGAAGUUCUGUACAAACCCUUUAAGGAGGAUGAGUUACCUCACAAUGCAGAAGAUUCCAAUGCAAUAGAAAAAGCUCCAGAAGGAACACCUGCAAGUGGUGGUUUACUUGUUAUCACUGUCCAUGAAGCUGAAGAUGUUGAAGGAAAACACCACACAAAUCCGUUUGCACGGUUGCUAUUUAAAGGAGAAGAGAGAAGAACUAAGCAUGUAAAGAAAAACAGAGAUCCAAGAUGGGGUGAGUCGUUUCAGUUUAUGCUUGAGGAACCUCCCUCUAAUGAGAGACUAUAUGUUGAAGUGCAAAGUGUGUCCUCAAAGCUUGGCCUUCUGCAUCCUAAGGAAAGUUUGGGUUACGUGGAUAUAAAAUUGUCUGAUGUUGUUACCAACAAGAGAAUCAACGAGAAGUAUCAUCUUAUUGACUCAAGAAAUGGAAGGAUUCAAAUUGAGCUUCAGUGGAGAACUCCAUGAUGAUGAUGGCAUUGCAUUCACAAAAUGUCCAAAGUACAUAAUAAUUCUGUAAAGCAAGCACUCUUUCUUUUGAUAAGGUUUGGAUGAAACCUAUCAAACUUGAUGAAUCUUUGGGUCACUGAGAAAAUAGGAAGUGUUGUUCUAUUGUUUAUAGACAGAAUCACACCAGAGACUUCACACUAUCUUAUGAGUUACACACUCAUAUAAUAAUAAUUUCAGUGAUGUUUAAGUUGUGUUCA